CACGCAUUCACGUCUUCAAACUGCUUUCAGAACACUGCCCCCAUGAAUACCGGAACAAAUGAACGGCUGGAACCGCCAUUCUCAGAGGCAAAGAGUUUCAAGUUAUUGACGGCCACGACCCUCACACACCGCGUCUGGGGCAACGAUCUGUGCUGUGAUCGAGGAAAGGACAAGAGUGCAUAUCUCAGUGCUGAUCUUCACACUCUUCGACUCGGCAAAGUCUACCGGUAUCUCUGGCUCGCCGGCCUGCCAAGAUUUGCCCGACCUCUUCAUCGCCAGCACCUACUCUUGCGAACGAUUUACGUCACCGAGUCCCCCGAUGAGCAUCUCGUGUGGCACGAUAAAUCCAUUUUCAUUAAACCACUGCCUACAUAUCUUCUAAACUUCGACUUCUGGAGAACCGAACUUUGCAACGACGAUGCACUUCAUAAGAGUGCUUGUGGCCUACUUCUAUCCUAUGCAUGGCUGGUCUGUUCCAAGAGCGACCUGCGCCUCGCGAAAGAGAUCGGUCUUCUACCCAGUGAAAUUGACUGGGACGCCUGGACUUCAUUCAUGGUUGAAUUCUUGGACCGCGUCGAUGCACGCAGACUAUGCCAGGUAGACAGUCGCUACCAUUACGGUGAGCUUCGUCUAACUCGCCUCAAUUCUCUCUACCGCUAUGGUGCCGCCGGGUUCUCCCUACAUAAUGUAACCCAUGGUUUUAUGUCACCAUCGAUGCGCUACACAACCUUUUUUGAAAGAAAUUUCACUUGUGUCUACCGACAGGUUUAG